AUGGUAUUUAUGUGUCAAGAAAAUAGUUUUUUAAAAGAAUACACAUCAAAAGUAUUAAAAUGUGAACCCACCAAAGAGCCCAUAAUCGAAUAUGGAAAAUCAACGAAAUUCGAAGGCUACCAAAUUACUCUGGAGAAUACGAUUCUCUUCCCUGCUGGAGGUGGUCAGCCACAUGAUUUGGGUUGGCUAAAUGAAGUGGAAGUCUUACAAGUUCUACGAAAGGGUGAAGAUGCACUUCACUUCACUAAAGAGCCCAUUGAAGUUGGUACUUUUGUCACACAGAAGAUUAAUUGGGACAGACGGUUUGAUCACAUGCAGCAACAUUCAGGACAACACCUUCUAUCAGCAAUAUUAGAGAAAGACUAUAACUUACCUACAACAAGCUGGUGGCUCGGGUGUGAUGAAAGUUAUGUGGAACUUGACACUAUAUCAGUGGAAAAUAAAACUAUAGAAACGGUAGAAGAGAAAUGUAAUUUAAUGAUACGGUCUGCUCUACCUGUUGAUGUUAAAAUUUGUAAAGCUAGCGAUCCAGAUUUGAAUAAGGAACAUACUAAAAGUCUACCUAAAGAUUGUACAGACACCUUAAGAAUAAUAUGCAUUGGAGAUGUAGAUGAAAACAUGUGUUGUGGUACUCAUGUAUCUAAUUUAAGUCAAUUACAGAUGAUUAAACUUCUUGGUUAUGAACCAGGCAAGAAAGGCAAAACAAAUUUACGAUUUUUAGUAGGAAAUCGUGUGACAAAGGUUUUUCAAUCAAUGUUGGACAGGGAGAAAGUACUUGUAGGACUACUUAAGGCAAUAUGCAAGGGCUUGGAAAAUGAUGGCUUAUUUAUAUUCUGCGCAUCUGAAGAGCCUGAUAAGACAAAAGAAGGGCAAAUUAUUAUUCAAGGCGCAGAGGAGCAUUGUAAUAUUUUGGGCCCUCAAGUUAUUGAAGUACUUAAGGCGAAAGGAGCUUUUAAAAAUGGAAAAUUUCAAGGAAAAGCGACAGACUUAAGUGGCAUAAAUAAAUGUAGGAAAAUCAUUGAAGAUUACUUCUGUAAGAAAUAA